GGUGGGCAGUGCCACACCUCCGAGCUCCGUUACCGCAGCAGCAGCAGCAGCAGCAGGAGCAGGAGCAGGAGCAGUGGUGUGAUCAUGUGACGCCUGCAUUUCCGACACAACAAUACAACACCGUAUUGGUCUGCAUUCACUCCCCCCCACGCCUGGCUCUCGGUAUGGCGGACGGCGAGAGGUCCCCGUUACUAUCAGAUCUGGGAGAUGGUGCUCUUGGCAGUGGUAACGGCGGGGUGUCUCCCGGCGCAGCGCCCUACGGUGUGCCCAACAAACCACAGAGCUUCCCUCCGUUCCCCAGCCCUACUCAGCCCUCGGUGCUCCUCGGGGAGGACCCUCCGCCCUACUCCCCUCUCACGUCCCCAGAGAGUGGCAGUGCACCUGUCAUCAGCUGCAGGGUGUGUCAGAGCCUGAUCUCUGUGGAGGGAAAGAUCCACCAGCAUGUGGUGAAGUGUGGGGUUUGCAAUGAAGCUACGCCCAUUAAGAAUGCCCCAGCAGGGAAGAAGUACGUCCGCUGCCCCUGCAACUGUCUGCUCAUCUGCAAAGUUACUUCCCAGAGGAUCGCCUGUCCUCGGCCAUAUUGUAAGAGGAUAAUUAAUCUGGGUCCAGUUCAUCCUGGUCCGGCCAGUCCUGACCCCCAGCCAUCUGGGGCCCGAGUCUCCUGUGGACACUGCAGCAACACUUUCCUGUGGACAGAGUUCACAGACCGGACGCUGGCCAGGUGCCCACACUGCAGGAAAGUCUCCUCCAUUGGUCAGAGGUAUCCCCGGAGGCGGAGCUUGUGGUGUUUUCUACUCUGCUUGCUAUUCAGCAUCUCCACUGCUGGGCUGAUGGCUGGAACGUGGGCGAAGGCUCAGACCUACCAGGGGAUCUACGCCUCGUGGGCCACGCUGCUGCUCCUGGUUCUUGUCACCUUGGUCCGGGCCUUCUACUGGGCCUGCAUGAGGGUCAGCCAGCCCCUCCAGAACUUCACAUAGAGCCCCCUCCAACCCUGCCGCUCCCUCUUCCCAACCCGCCAGGCCGGAGGAGAAGAUGGCUUUAAAGAAAAACACACCCACUAUAAAACAGAAUAUUUAUUUAAACCCAACCCCAGAAAGAGAAAGUUCUCCUCCUCCUGUCCCCUCCCUUUUAGUCAAAUGUGUUUCUAAAACUGGAUGGCAGUGGCUGCGACUGCUAUAUAUCUAACGGUAACUAUGAUGAUACGUAUAGCCUAAUGUACUGUUUAUCUGUUCUAAUCUCGUGGCAGGGGUGGGGUUCGUUUUAACACUGUAACAAUUCUAACAAUUUUUUCUUCUUCUCUUUCCCCCCCUGCACUGUUUAUACAUUUCGGCUUCAGUCUGUGGCACAUCGGUUGCACUCUCGCAACUUCUAAGAUGGGGGCUUAAAGCUAAGUCUAAGAUGUGAAUAUUGCCCUUGUUUUUGUUCAGGGGGCGACGCUCCCUCUUCAAUCCUAAUUUGACGUUAGGUUUAGUAUUAUUUGAACAUUUAAAAAAAAAAAUUUAAAUCGCUAAAAACAAAUGAUUUUGCGAAAGCGCCGAUGAAGUCCGAUGAAAGCUAACAAAUCAAUGCCAGUCGAAGACUAGUGGCUGGAGGGACAUCAGUUCCCUUUUUGUGAAGCAAAAUAUCAAGUAGGUGUUGAAAUGUGUCUGAAAAAUUGAAUUCAGCAGUACGUCAGUGUUUCUGCUGAAUUAUCCCCUGGGACUGACUUUGAUCCAAAGCAGCUUGAAAGCCUUAAAAGGUUGUGUGGUAGAAGGAUUCAACUCUUUCUCUCACACACACACACACACACACACACACACACACACACACACACACACACACACACACACACACACACACACACACACACACACACACACACGUGGCUGUUCUAAUGAGGCUGUUAUUUCCUCAUCUGGCUCGCUGAGCUCGGCAUGUAAACUGCGCUGGGAGCACAGCCUUAAUUGAGGGACUGCUGCUCCCAAUGCACCUUGUUUCCUCUGCCACACGCACACACACACACACACACACAAGCCACAUAAAUGCAAACCGGCUCACAACAAAAGGAGGGUGCUCUUUUAGAGUUGCAACGGCUCACAAACCAGUUUGUCGAAGGCACCCCAGCCUCUCUUUUCAAAGACAGACCAGAAAACCGAUUUUCUCCAUAAUGUCCUCAUUCUGGUCGUCUAAAGAGUGUAACCACACAUAUAUCUACAGCUUUCCUUUCUGCCAAGCGCAUAUCUCCAAUUGACAUAUUAAAAGCCAAAUGUGGCAUAAUCCUCCCUCCCUUUUUCAAGAGACAGGUUUACUUUUUUAAACAUAUCUAUAUGACCUCGGUUCUGCUUGGCCUUCCAAAACACACCAAAAUAUGAAACAUGAAGAGCUGUUUGCUGUUACAAAGUCAAUAUUUGCCUCCUUUUACCCACAAAACCCUGAAAGUAUGAGAUGUUUUUUGGAAUAGCUUUCAGUUGUUGGUUGUAUGCUUUAAUGCUUGCAAACCACACUACAUAUUUGUCUUGGGAGAGGACUUUUAAGGGCCUCUCUGUAUGUUUUGCUCUCAAGUUGAAUCUGUGAAAACAAAAACAAAACUUUGAGCCCUUAAAAAUACAGUACUUCAGGCUUUGCGAGCUCCUGAUAGCAACUUUAGGAUGUAUAUCUAAAUGCAUCAGAGCUCAAAUAACAAAGUGCAGUCGGUAUGAAAGCACCAUGUUGCUAAACUCAGUCAGUGUAUUGCAAUUGGGACCUUUUCAUGGUGAAAAUAUGUCCAGCUUUUGUCAUUGAAGAUUGAGGCUGUGUCUGAGCUUCCUUUUGGUCGGUUCCAGAUUGAACAUCCACCUUAAGGCCAGUGGAAUAUCUGUAAAAGAGGAAAGCUCUACCUACCACACAAAGCCUAAUGUCAGUCAGAAUAGGUCAGUAACCUAAACACAAACUAUAUUCUCACUCAGUUUAAUCAUGACUUCUCUGUCUGUGGUUCUGAAUGUGGUAACAUUUCUUCUUUUAAUGAAUUAUGUAUUUUUUCUGUUUGGAUUGUAAAUAUAUAUGUUGUUUAUGUACAAUGGAAGUGACUAAGCAAAUUACGUUGCUCCGAGCUUAACACUAAAUGCUGUGAUCGCUGUGGACGUUUUUAUUUGUUGUUUUUAAGAAGGUUAUUUUUGCAACUCUUCACCUGUUACAUAUUUAAUGAUUUGAUGAAAUACUAACCUAAUAAGCCUCUGGAUAUAAAGUCCAAAUCUUUUACCACAAACACAACCUACUCGCACCAACAAAACAUGACCCAGUCACAUUUGUCUCUCUCUCUCUCUCUCUUUCUCUCUCUCUCUUUCUCUCUCUCUCUCUCUCUCUCUUUCACACACACACACACACACACACACACACAGCACCUUAUACAAUAGUAAGAAAAACUGCAUACACAAAGUAAGAUGAGAAGAAGUUACCACGUAGACUGAGGUUGCAAACCGUUCAUAUGUACCGUUCUACACGCUGCAAAAAGGCCACAAAUAAGUCAUUUAUCCAGUCCUAAAAUCAUAUUUAUUGUGGAAAAUUCUGUUAUGGAGUGAGAUAAUUUCACUUUCUUUUAAGACUGGACCAAGGACGUGUCUUUUCCUUUUUGAAAUCAAUACAAUGAUCUGCCAGUUUCAAGUUAUGGUCAGAGCAUUACUUUUUAAGACUGUGAUGGGGGAAAAAAAUAAGGUUGAAGGACAGAAUUAAUAUGACUUGUUUAAGGAAGACCUUUUUCUUUUUAGCAGUGGAGUGAUCAUGUCUUAUCCAUGACUGCAAAAGAAAUCAAUCAUGUUAAUGCCAAUAAUCAAGAACCUGGCUGAUGCUCUUUUCAGAGUUUGUUUACACACAAAUAAAGACAUAAUGUACA